AAUUAUAAAUAUGAGCGGAUCAACUCAUUAUAUAUUUUCGAUUGAUGAACAUCUGCUUACUCUUAUUGAAGUUGAUGGCCAUUUAAUAGAAAGUGUCACUUUAAAAACGAUUCCAAUUCACACUGCACAACGAUAUUCAGUGAUCCUUAAUGCUAAUAAGUCAGUUAAAAAUUAUUAUAUUCGUGCAAAACUUACGAUUUGCACACUGAUCAAUAAUCAAACCUUAAAUUAUAAUUAUUCAUUAAAUUCUAAUGUUGUGGGAAUUUUAAAAUAUGAAGGCGCAAAAGACAAAAUUCCAGAUUCAAAGGCUUACCCGUUAAAUGGAUCAGAUGAAUGUAGAGAUGUGAAUCCAAAUAUCUUAAAGCCAUAUAAAAUAAAACCACCCAAACAUGCUACUCAUAAGAUUGAAAUAACGGUUUCUUUUAGCAAGUUACCAACGACUGGAACAAUUGCUUUUAUCAAUAACUCAAGCUUUGUGGCUAACCUUAAUUAUCCGACAAAUAAACAAAUUCUUAAUAAAUUAAAUGUGGACAAAUUUCCAAAAUAUGCAAAUGCUUAUGCGUAUGACUGCUAUACUAAGGAUUGUAAAAAUGAGGCUGUUGAUAUCUAUAUUAAA